GCAAGUGAGAGUUACCUGUAAUCACCUGGAUACCUGUCAGGAAUUGCUGGGCUAGAACUGUAUUCAGAAUGUUAUGAAUUUAAACUUAAUGGACUUCACAAUGGAUUGUUACUUGUUGUCUGCACUCUUUCUGGGAACUGUACUUGGAAACAUUGAUGGAAGCUGCCAUGACUUCCGAAGAACAAAAGUGCAUUCCCUACAUGUGCAGCUUUUGGAAUUCAGACGAGAUGCUCAGCCAUGUGGCACUCCUGUGGAUUUAACAGCACUGGCACUGCAAGUGUCCAUGAAUCCUGACCUGCCUAUCACUCUUAUCAUUCAUGGGAAUCGGCCAUGGAAAGUUAGGCCUGCCUGGGUGGGAGUAAUGGGCAAAAAACUACUGACUGGCCAUAGAGGGAUGGUGUUUGCAGUAGACUGGCUGGCACCUAGAAACCAGGACUUGGUGACUGUGGCAACAGAAGUUGGUAAAGAGGUGUCAAAUGUAAUUCACAGGAUUCAGUCUGGUGGUGUUGACAGCAGAAAUGUUCAUUUGAUUGGAUUUGGGACUGGUGCCCAUAUUGCAGGGGUGGCAGGAGCUUUCCAUUAUGGCAAGCUAGGACGAAUUACAGGCCUUGAUCCUUUUGCUCGCAGAUUUUCUUCUACUGGACCAAGCCAUCAUUUGGACUACACAGAUGGCCAGUUUGUAGAUGUGAUUCACACAAAUUACCAAGCUAAUCCACCUAUUCCUGCUCUCGGAAUUGCUAGACCAAUAGGUCACAUAGAUUUCUUUGUUGGAAAAGGAAAAAAGCUAAAUGGCUGCCCUCGUGGACUCUCUGACAGAGAGAGUUAUGUUCUUUGCCACCACAGACGAGCAUACAAACUAUACCUCAGCUCUAUAUCUGGAAAGUGCCCUUUCACAGCAUUCCCUUGCAGCAGUUACUCUGCAUUCAAGAAGGCUGACUGUGUGAACUGUAAUAUUACGGGACUCACAACCUGUCCACAGCUAGGUGAUAACAUCUCCUGGCUGCCUCGUGAAAGGCCUGUUAAUUUCCAUCAUCUGAAAGCAUUCCUGGAUAUAACAAAGAGCCCACCAUACUGUGUGACAUAUUUCCUGCUGGAGGUGAAGGUUGGAGGCCAUAACUCCUUCAGGGCUUACCUGUUUCUUAGAUUAAAAGGGAAAGGGAUCCAAACAUCAUCUCUGCUUGCUUCUCGAUCCAUUACUUUAUUUGAGCCUGGAAAGGUAUACAAGUUUCUCAUUUCAGCAGACAAGAAAGGGAACUUCCAUGAAAUCCACCUACAGUUAUACACUACCAGAUAUGUGUAUUUGGAUGCUAGGAAGAAGAAACUGAUAGUGGAUCAACUAACACUCACACCUCUUCCACUCAGUGGCAGCUUUAAGUUGUAUGCAUCAAAUGUAACACUUACGGAAAAUAAGAUGAAGGCGUUUCCCUUAAGGAGAGUGGAAUGUCAUGAAUCAAACGAUAUCUCCAUCAAUGAAAUGUACCCCACCUGCAUAUAUCAUUGAGUUAAUGCAAGUGUUUAUCUGAACUGAUUUUAACUA